AUGGCCCAAUCGAUCAACCCACGGCUCCCUGCACUCCUGCUCUACGCCGCGAGUCCGGACGGAGCAGCGAGGGAGGAGGAGGAGCUGGUGUUUGGCGCCGUGCAGGCUGCUCUCGUGGCACACGGACCGGGUCAGCUGCAGCGGCUGGAGCUGCGCUGUGUGGCGGAUGGGCGCGUGCUGCUGCACGCUGCGGUUACCGUUACCUUCUGGUGCCAGCCACAGACGGACGUGCGUGUGCACAUGGUAACACCGGACGGCACUCGCUGGAUCCUCAUGUUCUCAAGCGCAGCAGACUCCUCCGCGUUUCUUCUCGCCAUUGGCUUUGCUCGUGCUCUCGCCACAUCCCUCUCGGCACACCUUGCUUCUGCGGCAGCACAGACCUACCCUCCACUCACCUACGUGCCCGUCCCUCCCACGCUGCAAGAUGUUCUGCUGAGCACAGGCGGACACAGGUCGCAGGCAGAGGGGGGAGACACUGUGCAAGUGGCGGUGACAGCAUGGCUGGCUGACCCCUUCACAUCACCACACCUGCCUCCCCUCAAGCCGUUUCUCGUCACUCAAGGCAAGGGAGUGAAGCUGCUACUUGGCUCGCACAAGGCCUUAGAAGCUCUGGAGCAAGGCAUAGUGGGCAUGCGCAAGGGGGGGAGGCGCUUCCUCUCCGUUUCAACCACUGCAGCCGGCCGUGGGGAUUUUCCAUCCCUGCCUCCUAAUCUGCCCCUAAACACCCUCUUAUUCCUCGACAUCACCCUUCAUCGAAUGCGCAAACCCAAUGCAUCUGCAUCAUUAGCAGCGGCAUCACCAGCUGGUGCCACAGCUCAAGGCCAGUCAGGAGGAGCGGCUAGCAGCAGGCGUCGCAAGUCAUCCACACACUCUCUCCCUCACUCUUCAACUCCCAGCGAAGCCGAUGUAGACCCGAACCUAGACCCGAACCUAGACCCGGACAUGGACAGUGACAUGAGUGAUGCUCUCUCUGUGGCUUCUGCAGCUGAUUCCAUCUCCUCCUCCUUCUCCUCCCGCUCAACUCCUGUCAGCCCUUCCAAGCUCUUUCGCAAUGCCUGGCCGGGAGGCCUCUCCUCUGCUUCUGGUUUGCACGGGUCAGCUUCCUCGCUGGCUUCGGCCUCUGCUAAGACGCCACCUGGCACGCCCCCAUUGGCUGGUGCUGCUGCUGCCUCGGGAGUUCCGCUUGGGCGUACCAGUAUGGGUCGUGCAGCGAGUGAGAGAGGGGGGCAGGAGGCAGAAGGAGUGGAAGGGGUGAAAGGGGCAGAUGGGGUAAGGAGAGUAGAUGCGGUAAGGAGAUUAGACGGGCCAGCAACAAAAGAGGUAGGAGGAGUUACAGCAGGAGCAGCAGCGAAUCGAGCAGAACAACAAGCCGUUUGCAAGGAUAACGCUGCUGUGAAGGGUGCUGUUGUUGCUCUACAUGGCAACAGCAUUGCAGCAGGUUUCGGGGGCAGCAGCGGAUGGGCGUGA